AUGGCGUACCAGCGAUGCCAGACCACCACCUUCCAACCCUGCGACAGUUUCUUCGUUGAGACCUACGACCAGGAGUAUGCACCACAGCCACAGCCACACUCACAUUCCCACCCACAGCUGGGACCCAAGGAGCAUGCACGGCUCUUGGCUAGGGAGCGUCAGUACGCAAUGGCCGACCAGAUGUCACGGCUUGCCACGGACGAGUAUCAGGAAGACAUUCUUUCUCAUAUGCACAUGAUGGACACCGCCACCCAGCCUGACGUCGAUUCGAUAGACAUCCAGACCGAGAUCCAGUGGUUUAUGAGACCAUAUCUCCUCGAUUUUCUCAUCGAAGCACACGCCGCCUUCCAAUUGCUACCUGCCACCUUGUUCCUGACUGUCAACCUGCUUGACAGAUACUGCUCGAAACGAGUCGUCUACAAGAGACACUAUCAAUUGGUCGGAUGUGCUGCACUUCUCAUUGCUGCCAAGUAUGGUGAUAAGAAGGACCGUGUUCCAACCAUCAAGGAGCUCAAGUCCAUGUGUUGCUCGCUGUACGAUGACGAUAUGUUCGUACAGAUGGAAUGGCACGUACUGCAAACCCUCGGCUGGUCCAUCGGUCACCCAACUGUCGACAGCUUCCUCCAGAACGCCGUCGUCGACACCCCAUACGAUCCCGAAGUCGAACAUCUCGCUUUGUAUAUCGCUGAGAUAUCCCUCUUCCACCGUGACUUUGUCUCCAAGCUGUCGUCCGACCUCGCCAGAGCUUCCCUGGCUCUGUCUCGCUGCAUACUAAACCGUCCACAGGCUCCUCAGGUGGACUGGGCAUCCAACUACGACUCACUAACCCUAGUUAGCCUCUCCCAGUACCUACAAAAGCCUUCGCAUGUCCUGGCCCGAAAGUACUCCUCCGCGCACUACUCGCGAGCAUCGAAGAUUCUCGAACAAUUCCUCGCCCGUCAAGAGUCAAUCAACAAGUCCUAUAAUCCUCCCACCCCUCCAACCGAUCGCCUGUGCGAGUCCAAGCCAUCGUAUGAAGGUGAGGCAGGAUUGGCCACCCCUCAAAAGGCACAGUACCCAGCCGUAUCCCACGGCUACAUCACGCCGCCCAUCACGCCGGAGAAUGAUGCGUUUGGUGCCUCGGGAAACCCAAAUAUAGCAAAGGAUGGAAAUACGAUGCUAUAUACUUGCCCGCCGUCACCUACGCCAGCGCCAACCAUGCAGUACACAACCCAACAUUAUGAAAUGACAGAUGCAACUGCCUAUUCACAUCAUCGACUCUUUUCACAACCGCCUGCACAAACCUUCAAUCCCGUGUUUUGA